UUUUCUGUCACUAUCACCAUUUUAAAAUACAUUUGAAAUUACUAAAAAGUGCGGACAAGCAAAGGGGGUAAAAAGUAACAAAGUCAGGUGUGGUGGAAUAAUCGGUCUAUUAGCCAUGCGUUUAAUCCACUGGAAUAAUAACGAGUCCUAAGUGUCUAAGCUCAUUUGCAAUCUCAUUGGGUGCUGUGGGUUUUUCAAAACAAGAAAAUUAAACCACAAGCAGAAUAUAUUGGAGCAAACUGUGCUUAAGAACAGUCUUUUGUGGCACGAAGUCCAACAUGGCGGAUACGAAAUGCAAAGAGCAGAGUAGUGGAGAAGCAGCUUUUAUGCUCAAUGAACACCAAACAGCAAACUCCCCUACCGUUGACACAUCAAGAAGACGUCGAUGCAAUAUUCUUUACGUUUUCCUCGUUGUAUUUGUGCUGUUGUUUGUUUGCAUGACAGCUUUGUACAUCGUGGAAAGGCACAGGAAAAGAGGCAAACCAAGAGUUCAAGAAAUGCAGCGUACUUCAAUAAAAUCCAAUGUCUGUAAGACUGCAGAUUGCUUUGAAACAGCCACAGAUAUAAUGAGCUCUAUUGAUCCUAAAAAAGAUCCCUGUGAAAAUUUCUAUGAAUACGCGUGUAACCGUUGGAUUGAAAAGCAUCCUGUCAAAAAAGACGAAAUUAGCGUCGAUCACUGGAGCGUACUAACCAAGAAAGUAGAAGACUUUAUCACUAAAAAAAUCAAAGAUGAUGAUGUCAAAAAGAGAUAUGAAAAUGUGUCAGCAGUGACCAAAGCAUUUGGAUUCUUCGACUCGUGUAUGAAUAUAGUAGACAAAGUCCCACGGACAAACAAUCCUUUAGCCGCUUUAAUCAAGAAGUAUCUGCCAUGGCCAAUCCUGGACACUAACUGGAAUAUGACCAGUACGCACAUGAGUCGAUUGCUUGGAAGAGUAAUAAGAGAUUUUGACUCUAGUCCAUUUUUCAAAGUUAUUGUCCAAACCGACCUCAGAAACAGCACAGUCAACAUGAUUACUGUACAACAGACAUUCCAGUGGGGACUAUUUCCACAUCAGCUGACAAGGAACUUUUCAAGCGCAAUUAAGAGCCAAGCAGUCUACAGGGACCUUAUUCACAAUGUCUCAGUGUUACUUGGAGCAAAUAGCUCAGAACAACUAAAGAAAGAUGUUUGGGAGAUUUUUAACUUAGAAAAGAAACUAGCAAAGUUAGGGAAAGGGUACGCAAGUUUUGACGAAGAACAAUAUUAUGGCAAAUACAAAAUAAGAGAACUGCAAGACAGAACAAAAGGUGUAAAGAUUGAUUGGCUGGUUGUCUUCAAUGAGAUGCUUCGUGAUACCAAACAUCAAGUAACUGAAGACGAUGAAGUAAUUGUAACUGACAUGGAUGUUGUGGUGAAAAUGAUAAAUAACUCGUUUGGAUCUAUGUCAGACAGGGCUAUUUUGAACUACAUCGGUUGGCGGGUUAUCAUGSACMUUUACCAAUACACCAGCCAACAACUCGAUGAUUUACGCAUCAACUUUAGAAUCAAAGGCUGGAACCUACUCGCUUUUGACAAAGAAGGCAAUUGUAAACACAAGAUGCAGGAACUCUUUGCUCUGGCAUUAUCGAGAAUGUUCAUAGACGAAAAAUUCCCCAGAAAGAGCAAAGAGCUGGCUAAAGAACUGGCCGAGUCAAUUCAAGACGUCUUUCAAGAAACUCUUCGUAACAGCGAAUGGAUGGACGAUAAAUCAAAAAAAGCUGCCAUAGAAAAGGCAGAUGCAGUUAUAGGGAACUAUGGCUACCCUGAUUUCAUCAGGGAUGAUGCCAAAUUUGAUUCUAAGAUGAAAUUUAUCACUGUAUCGAAAGAUUCGUUUCUUGAUACCAUGACAUCAGUCAUAAACAACAAUAAAAGAAAUGAGUUGUCACAACUCGGUAAACCCGUGAACCGUGAAGAAUGGACGGAGUCACCACUUCUGGUAAAUCCAUACUACCUCCCAACCAGAAAUUCUUUCAAUUUCCCUGCUGCAUUUCUACAACCACCAUUUUAUGAUCCUAAAUAUUUAAGGGCUGUCAGUUAUGGUGGGGUUGGUGCAAUUAUCGCUCACGAACUUAUCCAUGGCUUCGACACCUCAGGUAAAAAUUUUGACAAGGAUGGUAACAACAUAAAAUGGUGGACGGACUCGACUCUUGCUCUCUACAACAACAGAACAAGAUGUUUAGUGGAUCAAUACAAUGCAUAUACAUUCAAGGGCUUCCCGGUCGAUGGUCAAAUGACGCUUGCUGAAAACAUAGGAGAUAACGUAGGACUAAGAGAAUCGUUCAAAGCAUAUCAAGAAUGGUUGAAGAAAAAUGGUGAAGAACCAUCACUUCCUGGUAUUUUCACCAACGAACAAAUUUUCUUCCUCAGCUAUGCCAGGAAUUGGUGUAAAUCUCUAUCGCCUAUAGCAUAUGAAUCUGAAGUUUUUAUGUCUGAGCAUGCGCCAUCUCCUCUCAGGGUAAAUGGACCUUUACAGAACUUUCCAGAAUUCUCAACAGCGUUCAGCUGUCCUUCAGGUUCCAAAAUGAAUCCAGUGAAGAAAUGUGCGACUUGGUAGUUAUUGCAUAAUAGAAAUUGGUUUGAAAUGAGUAGUAGUUUUGACAUUUAAGUUGGAGUAGAUUAGAUUUUACCUUUUGGGAACAUUCUGCUGCACAGCGGUGAUGAGAGCGCAAGCAUGCGCGACAAUUGAAGGCCACAAAUAAUUGAUGGAUUGCAACCUUCCUGUGGCUAUACAGGCUCAGUCUCCAGCCGUCGGGAUUUCGUGCGCCCGCGAUACUCUCUCCCCUGACGGCUGGGCGCAUGGGGUUCGAA